AUGCCCCAAUGGAUCGACUCUGAGGAACACCAGUCAGGAUUCUGGUCUUUUAAUUCACAGACAUGUAAAUCACCCCCCAUCCAAUACCCUUGUCGUUCAUACCAGCUGACUGACUUGUGGCUGUUUUUAGCAACUCUUACUGUGCUGGGGUGUGGCCUGGGUGUGUCUGCAGGAGAGACAUGGGGUAUGGUGUCCAUUUGCCCCUUCCACUGUGUGUGUCGGAACUUGUCUGAGUCACUGAGCACACUCUGUGUAAACAAGGGGUUGCUCUUUGUCCCACCCAACAUUGACCGUCGCACAGUGGAGCUACGCUUGGCCGACAAUUUCAUCUUGGAAGUGGGAGGGUCUGAUUUUGAAAACAUGUCUGGACUGGUUGACCUGACAUUGUCACGCAACACCAUCCACGCUCUGCGACCCAUGGCUUUUUCUGACCUGGAGAGCCUCAGAUCGCUCCAUCUGGACUAUAACCGUCUGACUACUGUGGGCCCACAGGACCUGACAGGCCUUCUCAACCUACAACACCUCAUCAUUAACAACAACCAACUGACACACGUGUCAGCAGAUGCCUUUGAUGACUUCUUGCUCACGCUAGAGGAUCUGGACCUGUCCUACAACAAUUUGAGGAGGGUACCCUGGGAAGCGAUCCAGAACAUGGCCAGCCUGCACACCCUAAUCCUGGAUCACAACCUCAUCGACCACAUCAUGGAGGGCUCCUUCAGCGAGCUCUAUAAGCUUGCUCGUUUGGACAUGACCUCCAACCGACUCCAGACACUGCCACUUGACCCGCUAUUCUCCCGCUCACAGAUUGGUGCGGUCAGCCCGACACCUUACAACGCCAUCAUCAGCCUACACUUUGGCGGGAACCCUCUACACUGCAACUGCGAACUGCUAUGGCUGAGGCGGCUAGUCCGCGAAGACAACAUGGAGACGUGUGCGACACCACCCCACCUGGCUGGCCGAUACUUCUGGUCUAUCCCAGAGGAGGAGUUCACCUGUGAGCCUCCUCUAAUUACACGGAGCACCAACAGACUCUGGGUACUGGAGGGCCAGAGGGCGACGCUUAAAUGUCGUGCCAUUGGUGACCCUGAGCCCAUCAUCCAUUGGGUGUCGCCCGAUGACCGAAUCGUAGCCAACACCAGCAGGAUGCAUUCGUACUACAACGGUACGCUGGAUGUGCUGGUGACCCGUGCUCAUGACGACGGAACCUACACCUGCAUCGCCAUUAAUGCUGCUGGAGAGUCCACUGCCACUGUCGAUCUCAAGAUCAUCCCCCUACCUCACCGUGGAAACGGCACCAUACCCAUCAUCAACCCGCGGGACCCCGGAUCUUCUGACAUUAGUAGUGGAAGAAUUGGAGGAGGAGGAGGUGGUGGGGUGGGAGCCGUGACAACACGAAACACCUCUGCAGGAGAGGGAGAUGAAGGCAGCAUGAGCAGCAGCAGUACUGAACAACUGGUUGGAGUCUUGGGGGUGACGUCCACCUCCGCGCAUGUACGGUGGUACAUGGGAAGGACACCUUCUCCUUAUCUGGUUUGGAUGUACCAGAUCCAGUACAACAGUACCGCUGACGAUGCACUUGUAUACCGGAUUCUUCCACCAACAAGCAACAGCUUUUUGCUGAAAAACCUAGUUUCAGGAGCUGACUACAGCCUGUGUGUGCUGGCCAUUUUUGACGACGGCUCUUCCUCCCUGGCCACCACUAAGGUACUGGGCUGCACCCGGUUUAGCACCAAGGAGGAUUAUCCAGAGUGCCGGACGCUGCAGGCGCAUUUCUUGGGCGGCACCCUGACUGUGAUGGUGGGAGGCGUUUUGGUAGUGACGUUGCUGGUCUUCACCGUCGCCAUGAUGGUGCGGCACCGGGUAUGCGGCGACAGUCGAGACGAUGGGCGAUGCUCGGCUGAAUUCCUUCCAAGGAAAGCCGUGGACGUUUACGCCCAGACCAACAGCAGCAACAACAAAGUAAUGAUGGUAGCACUCACAAAAAAAGCCCCGCCCAAAGUCAAACAUGCGACGCCGCACAUACUGCCCAAGCUAAGCCCAGAACCUCACCGGACACGUAGCGCUGAUAGUGACCCCGUCAAAGAGAAACGCAUUCCGCUUUUCACUCCAGACAACGAGAGUGCAAAACUGUUCUACUCCCCAACCAGCACGAUGCAUACCAUGCCUCCUCCGGGGCACAAGGCAGUAAAUCUGGUUUGUAAGCUAAAACUGCGGCACUCACUGGAUAGGUCCAGAGACAGGGAGAUGGGAUCAAGUACAAGGCAGAUGCUGGUAUCUUCUUCACAGGGGGCAGGUGUGGAGGAUGCAGAGGAGGAAGAAGACUGGCAGGGAAACUCAGAUCGGAGCGCUGGAGAGAACCAAGUGGCAAGGAUUAAACGCAGCUGCUCCUUGGAUGUGGACGAGAUCAGGACCGCGACCUGCUACAGCUACGCUAAGCGACUGAGCGUCAUCUGGAGCAGGCAGAGUGAGUCAGCACACGGCAUGCUGGUCCAGUGCACCUCCACCAACGGUUCAUCCACCACAAAGAGCAAACAGUACGGACGCGCGCUCACACCUGACUACCUGAACACCUAUGGCUCCAAUAACUUCAACUCUAACUCUUCCAGUGGCAGCGGACCUGCCUCGAAAGAGGAUCUGGAGGAGAGUGUGGUGUAG